GGGAGAGAAGAUAGAAGACAUUCCAAAAGAAGUGCUGAUGGACUGUGUUCACCUUGUGAAGGCCAAUAGUAUUCAAGGCUGCAAGAUGAACAACGUUAAUGUGGUAUAUACGCCGUGGUCUAACCUGAAGAAAACAGCUGACAUGGAUGUGGGGCAGAUAGGCUUUCACAGGCAAAAGGAUGUAAAAAUUGUGACAGUGGAGAAGAAAGUGAAUGAGAUCCUGAACCGAUUAGAAAAGACCAAAGUAGAGCGGUUAAAAAAGCGGUUCCCAGAUCUAGCAGCAGAGAAAGAAUGCAGAGACCGGGAAGAAAGGAAUGAGAAAAAAGCCCAGAUUCAAGAAAUGAAAAGGAGAGAAAAAUAAGAAAUGAAGAAAAAGAAGGAAAUGGAUGAACUUAGGAGCUAUUC